AUGUCCAGCGCGAGACACUGGGAGCAAGACAAGGACUCUACCAUCUACAUCGGGAACCUCGACGAGCGCGUUACUGAUGCUCUUGUCUGGGAGUUGUUUCUGCAAGCAGGCCGCAUUGUCAACGUCCAUCUACCCAAGGAUCGGGUCACCCAAUCGCACCAGGGCUAUGGAUUUGUCGAGUUCAACUCGGAAGAAGACGCUGAAUAUGCAGCAAGGGUCAUGAACCAGGUCAGGCUCUAUGGCAAACCUAUCCGCGUCAACAAAGCCAGCGCCGAUAAACAGAAGUCUGUCGAAGUGGGUGCAGAGUUGUUUAUUGGUAAUCUGGAUCCAAUGGUUGAUGAAAGAAUGCUCUACGACACAUUUGGACGGUUUGGGACAUUGGUAGCUGCACCAAAGAUCGCCCGCGAUGAGAACAACUUAUCGAAAGGAUAUGGAUUCGUCUCUUUUGCCAACUUUGAAUCUUCGGAUGAUGCCAUUGCCAAUAUGAACGGCCAAUACCUCAUGAACAAGGAAGUCUCGGUCCAAUACGCCUACAAAAAGGACGGCAAAGGUGAGAGACACGGUGACCAAGCUGAACGAAUGCUCGCUGCUCAAGCAAAAGCUCAUGGUGUCCAACCCACUCCUGCCACCAUCCCAAUGGGUGGCCCAGUGUUUGGUGGCGUCCCACAAACUCCCGUUCCUCCCGUGGGAUUUGCACCACCAAAUGGCAAUUAUCAAGCCGUGCCGCCACCAGCACAAGCAAGGCCACCACCUCUUCCCAGCGCGCCGCUCACAGCUCCACCGAGUGGUCUUCCGGCGAGACCACCUCCGAGCCAGGCUGGAUAUGGCGGUCCACAGGGAUUCAUGCCGCCCGGCUUCAACCAGGUACCUGCAGGCUUUCCACAGCCGAAUACACUACCCGCCGGGUUUGCCCCCCCUCCAGGAUUUGGGGGUCCACAAGCUGGUACGAUACCUUCAGCACCCAUGCCGCCGGGCGGGUUUUCCGGAUACGGUAUCCGCAAGUAA